AUGUCUAAGUAUUUUACUUCUCAUAUUCUAUCUGCAAAAUGUUUAGAAAUGGCACAAUAUCUUUAUUUUGUCGCAAGUCACAUGGAAUUAGAUGUUGUCAAAAUCAUUAAUGAGGAUCCCAAUUUUAAUUUGGCAGAUAGGUUUAUUAAGGACUUUUAUGAUUCUAAAAAGAUCUUGUUAAAAUUAAUGAUUACCAAGGUUGGUGAGAACAACAUUCAAGAAGUGUGGAAGAUUACAGACAUACGAAUAUUAGUUCCUAAUAUUUCAACUGUACCUAAAACAGUUAGUAUAGUUUUACGCUAUACAGCAUAUAAAAAACUUAAAUAUAGUGAAAUUUGGAGACUUGCACAAUAG